GUUCUAAUAAUACAAAGUUCAAAUGGCAAGAUUGAUUUCUGUUUUGCUGUUUCUUUUCAUGCUGCAACUAUGUUCUAUGUCUGUUUUGAGUUUAAUUGAAGCUCCGGAUUCGGCUUCUUUCGUGUUUGGAGACUCUCUUGUUGAUGCAGGAAAUAAUAAUUAUCUUCAAACAUUGUCGAAGGCCGAUAUUCCUCCGAAUGGUAUUGAUUUUAUUGCUUCCGGUGGGCAGCCUACCGGACGAUUUACUAACGGCAGGACUAUCGCCGACAUUGUUGGUGAGCAAUUAGGACAACCAAGCUUUGCAUUGCCAUUUUUAGCACCGAAUACGACAGGGACGGCGAUACUGAACGGAGUAAAUUAUGCAUCCGGAGGAGGCGGAAUCUUGAAUGGAACAGGACAAAUAUUUAUUAAUAGAAUUGGAAUGGAAGUCCAAGUCGAUUUUUUCAACACCACUAGGAAACAAUUGGACGAAAUUCUCGGAGAAUCAAAAGCCAAAGAGUUUCUGAUGAAGAAAUCUAUUUUUUCUGUCACAAUUGGAUCGAAUGAUUUUCUGAAUAAUUAUCUCUUUCCCUUGAUUUCUGCAACUGUGAGACUCAACCAAUCGCCGGAUUCAUUCAUCGAUGAAAUGAUUAACACUCUGAAAACCCAACUCACUAGACUCUACACUCUUGAUGCUCGAAAGUUUGUUGUAGGCAACGUCGGGCCUCUUGGAUGCAUUCCUUAUCAGAAAUCGAUCAAUCGUGUCAGUCCUAAUGAGUGUGUCACACUAGCAAACCAAUUAGCAAUGCAAUACAAUACUCAAUUGCGCACAAUGUUAGCUGAUCUUAAUAAGAACCUACCCGGAGCUAGAUUUCUUCUAGCAAAUGUCUAUGAUCUAGUCUUGGAACUCAUCACAAACUAUAAUUCUUACGGAUUUAGCACUGCAAGUGUGGCUUGUUGCGGAAAUGGAGGCCAAUAUGCUGGAAUUAUUCCUUGUGGACCGACAUCGAGCAUGUGCGAUGACAGAUCUGCUCAUGUGUUCUGGGAUCCGUAUCAUCCGAGUGAAGCUGCUAAUCUUGUUAUCGCCAAGUAUCUUGUAAACGGAAGCACAAAGUACAUUUCUCCGAUAAAUCUUCUACAACUUAAAGCCCUUUAGAAAAAACUUUGAUGAAGUAGAGAAAUUCAGCAUUCUUCU